UAUAAAAAAACUCCUCUAGCAGCUAGCUUGGUGAUGAAGAUGGAGGAAAGGGCGCAGCAGCAGCAGCUUCCUCCUGGGUUCAGGUUCCAUCCCACAGAUGAAGAACUCGUUACGUAUUAUCUGAAUCGGAAGGUGUCUGAUGUUAGUUUCACGUCAAAAGCUAUGGCAGUUGUUGAUCUCAAUAAGUGUGAACCAUGGGACCUCCCAGGCAAGGCCACCAUGGGGGAAAAAGAAUGGUAUUUUUUCAACUUGAGAGACCGAAAAUACCCAACAGGACUCCGCACCAACCGAGCCACUGCAGCAGGAUAUUGGAAAACCACAGGGAAGGACAAGGAAAUAUUUCGAGCAGGAAUGCUUGUUGGGAUGAAGAAAACCCUAGUAUUCUACAAGGGAAGAGCCCCCAGAGGUGAAAAAAGCAAUUGGGUUAUGCAUGAAUACAGGCAAGAAAACAAUCAUAAUAUCCCUCCUUUAAUCAAAUCCACAAAGGAUGAAUGGGUUGUGUGUAGGGUUUUCCAAAAGAAUGCAGUGAAAAAACCACAGCAAACGCCCACGCUUUCCUCACAGGCGCCAUCUGAUGAUCUUGAUUCUCCAUGCGACACAAACUCAAAUAUUGUAAACGAGUUUGGAGACAUUGAGAUGCCAAAUUUAAACAGCUUUCAUGCAAAUUCAUGCAACGGAUUUAAUAACAUAUCACCACAAAGCUGUUCCUAUAGCGAUAACAACAUUAAUGUUAACAUGAUGAACAUGAACUGGGCUGCAACAAGGGAUCAUGAUGAUCAUCAGGUGGCCACUACUGAUCUUUCAUCAUCCCUCUCGGCAUGGCCUUCUAGCCUUCAGCUAAGCUCUGGACUCUCGAUGAAUUCCUUGCUCCUUAAGGCAUUACAGCUUAGAAGUUAUCAGCAAAGAGAAGCUACAAAAACUCAUGAGUACUACUCGUACAUGAUGCCACAAGGUCAAGGGUUUUCUCAGUUUGGAAGCUGGGAUCACGAUUCAAGUACUAGUACUACUACAAAUUUGCAGGCCUCAAGUUCAUCUAAAGUAUUGGAAUCUGUGCUGCAACAGCAGCAGUACUCGGAGCAAUUAUUAAUGGACUCCAUUUGGUGAUCGAGCAGCCAACCUCAAGUACUUAAUUUGAGAACUAACUUUGUCGUUACAAAACUUUCUUAUGACUUAUGAUCAUAACCCUGGAACUCUUAUACAUUGUUAAUGCUGUUUCAAGGGGCUAAGCCCAUGCCAAUUAUGUUAUUGUAUCUUAAUUAUUUGUUCAGUUGGUGUCUA